UUGAAUAUGUCACGAGAGAUCGGAUGGACGACCGGCGCUUGUAUUUGAUUAAUAAAGUGAUCGCAAAACAGUGCACUCUCGGACGAGAGUGGACUCCAGCCCUUUAUCAGUGAUAUCAACUACCAGAGCGGAGACAAGCAACCAACCGAGCGGAAGGCUGUCAACGAGCGCAGUUGGGCAAUGAUUAUCGAAAGCGUCAACAACGACGACGAGAGAGUUACUUUAAUGUUUUUUGUAUAAUAUCACCGAGAAAGAUCCACAGAGACCGAUGAUAACGUGUGCAUAAAUUAUCUUUUCGCGAUCGACAGUGCGCGAGUGCUUCUUAAUCCAAGUUGUAAAAACGCUCAUAUCAAUCGACACUGGAAGAAUAUAGUGCUUUAUGGAGUUUCAGUGAUAAUUUCUGAAUUAAUGAUAAUAAUGAAACAUUAAUGUAUAAUAUAUGAUACAUUAAUAAUGAGACUAUUUCGCAUUGUAUCAACGCGUAAUGAUAGAUUUUUCAAUCAAUUUGAUUCUUCCCUCUUGAAAAUAUCGAACAUUUGAUAGAAUAUGACCCUUGAAAAAUUCUUGGUAUUAUUCAUUGUCGCUCCCUGCGUAUUUUGCGGCGAUGAUGCAUCUAUGUCGGAAGAGAUAACGAUGUCGACCUUCGAAUCGAAAUAUGAUUCUGGAUUGACGAAAAACCUUAUAAAUUACGAUACUGAAUCAGCGAACAAUAUUGCGAAUUUUGCAAGUGACAACUCUGAGUUUAUGGAAAGUGUCACAAAGAUCAUGAAUUAUGAACUUAACGUUGCAACUGUCUCUGAAUUCACCACCGAAUUUCUGACAACUAAUUCUCAGCUAGACACUGAUGAUUCUUCAUCGUCUUCAACUAUCGAUAAAACUACACGAUCGAAACUACUGUUUACUACUCCUACUACUGUCAUACCCGAUGUAACUCCUACAGAUAAUACGAUCUGCAAUCCUACGUGGCCAGUAAAUGCAAGCGUAGAUACAAGGGAAGUAGUUGAUUUGAAAGUAAACGCUAAAAAUGUAGAAUGGAUCGCUCUCUCAUGGGAAUCUCCGUGCACCAAUAACAUGAACAUUGCGAUAAUAUAUCGGAUCAAGAGAUGUGAUGAGAUGAGCAAAAACUGCAAGGAGACAAAUGAAACUGUUACAUGGCAUAAUGCCACUGAUCUUGAUCCAUGUACAUUGUACACGUUUAACGUAGCAAUUAUUACAAGCUCUUGGGUAUCUGAGGGAAUCACUCUAUCAGAAACAACAGAUCACGAUAUUUCCGAAAUCGGAGAUGUACGCUAUCUAAGCGUGCAGAACGUCAGCGUUAAUACUGUUCAAUUAUCUUGGCAACCGCCCGAAGUAUACAAAAACUGCAUAUCCAAUUAUUCGAUUACACAGUGCGAUAAAAAAUCUUGUAAGAAUAUUACAAGCCUCGCCACGAAUUACACCGUUAAUGAUCUUGAUCCGUGCACGCAAUAUUACUUUACUGUCAAAACGGUAGCACAAACCAUACAAUCUGCCGGUGUAAACGUGAUCGCAAAAACCACUUCACCGCAGUUGUUAGAGCCGCAAGAUUUACAGAUAAUACCUAAAAAUUUUUCACUGCUCGUCAAGUGGAAACCACCGAAAUCUAUACUCUGCUUGAAGCAUUAUCACGUAACUAUAGAUCCGAAUAAAUUCAAUUUUCAGGAGAAUAUCACGAAAACGAACAUACAAAUUGAAAAUUUAAACGCUUGUACGACAUAUCAAGUGUUUAUCAAUACUGUAAACGAAGAUGAUAUUAAUGGGACAGCAGCAAGUAAAAGUGGUACUACACUUGAAUCCAAAACAAAUCCACCACAGCCGCACAUUCCAGGCUUACCGAUUAUACACGUGAAUAACAUAACGAUGAUCUGGAUGAUCGAAAAAGAGAACAAUCAAUGUACGUUGCAAAACAUAAUAACUAUAUGUAAUGUAACAGGCAGCGAUGGAAGAGGCUACGAACUUACCGAUGGUUAUGAUAUAACGUCAAUCGAUCCAGAUGUAGCUGCAACUCCCAUUGUCGUCAUAAAUACGACGGUGGAAAAUUUGAGUCCUUUUACAAGUUAUACUUGCAGAGCACAAACCGCUAAUAUCGCGGGAUACAGUGAAUUAAGCGACGGGAUCAAUGUUACGACAUUGGAAACUGUGCCAUCUCCUCCUAAAUUUAUGUUCGAUAACAUUACGGACUCGCAAUUCACUUUGAUUUGGUAUCCACCGGAAAAUUUGCCUGGUAAUUUAGAAGAAUUUGAGAUGACAAUUACGUGGACAGUGCAAUAUCCGAUUCCAAAUUGGUGUGUUCGCGAACCGAUGACCUCCAUAAAAUAUAACGUAAGCGGAAGCAUAUUUGAUUAUACUUAUCUCGAGGCAAAAGCAUACACAAUGUAUGCCGUAAAAAUGAGAGCGAGAACAGGAGCGGGAUGGAGCGAGCAUGGCAAUACUCAAAAUAUUACAACCAAUAGCAUGGUUCCAGAAGCAAUCUCGAAAUUUAAUUCCUCGUCCAUUAUUAUUAAAGAAAAUCCGAAUAACAAUAAUGUGUUGGAUACGUUUGUAACAUGGGGCCUACCCUGUUCUUUGAACGGUGAAUUUGAAUUCUUCAAUGUGUCGGUUUACGGUACUAGGGAGAAAUAUCCAUCCCAUUCUAUUUAUAAAAAAUAUGAAUGCAUAGAAGAUAUUUGCAACAAUAAUAUGUGCUCGAUAAAUCUCAACGAAUUGAAAGGGGAGUACAAUUAUACUUUUACGAUAUCCACCAAAGUUAAGGGCGUCGAUACUCUCAAGCCAAACUCAAUGAGUGAAAGCAAGUUGUAUCCUGCUGGCAUACCACCGCAACCUGACAAAGAAUAUAUUAAAUUAAUUACUAUAGAUCCAUACAAGGCACGUAGAUCUACAACUACGGCUGCUAUCUUGCUUCCCCUAUUCCUCGAUACCAACGGCGAUAUUAAAUAUUACGCCAUUAUGGUAUCACAGGAGGGAUACAAUAAUGUUCAAUCAAACACGAGAUUUGAUAUGAAGAAUAAGUUCUGGCCUAAUGUAUCUUCUUGGGAAGAAGCAAUGAUGAUGAAUUUCUCCAUAACGUAUCAAGCGACACGGCCACAAUGGGAUCCUUAUCCGAGCGACAUCGUUGAUUACGGACACAUAAAAGCUGUCAAAUAUACGAUCGGAGAGGACACCAACUGCAAGGAGGUCUCGUCCAAGACGGUUAAACAAAUGUAUUGCAAUGGACCUCUCAAGCCAGAUACGUGGUAUCAUGUUAGAAUGAGAGCGUUUACUUAUGGUGGUUACACCGAUUCCGAUGUGUUUAAGAUAAAAACAAAUGCAGAGCUGAAUGUUGCUCUUGUGAUCGGCGCCGUUUUUGGUAUUCUUUUCGUCGGAAUACUGGUAACGAUGAUGUUGCUCGUGCGAAAAUGCUCACCGUAUAUAGUGUUGCGAAGAUUCUUGCACUCUGACAUGCCCGGUUCGCCUGUACCCGCCCCGUUCACCAGAAAGAAAUUCGUUAGCCAUUGUCAACAAUUGGUCGAUAAUCCUGGGAAAUUGAGCAAUGAAUUUCGACUGCUUCAAACUCUCAGCGUCGAUUUGCAGAUGCCCACGAAUACCGCCUGUUUGCAGGCGAAUCGAAAGAAAAAUCGCUACUCUGACAUUUUACCCUAUGAUUUCUCAAGAGUAAAGCUGGAAGUGAUAGAUAACGAUCCUAACACAGAUUAUAUCAACGCAUCAUUUAUUAGGGGAUACACGGGAGAGGACGAAUACAUAGCUUGUCAGGGUCCAAAGGAGGAAACUACUUAUGAUUUUUGGAGAAUGAUCGAUCAAUAUAAUAUUAGUGUUAUAGUUAUGUUAACACAAUUGGUCGAGAAGGGCAAAGAAAAAUGUCAUCAAUAUUAUCCAAUUAUUAAGGAAACCUUCCGAUAUGAAAACAUGACAAUACGAUGUACAAGCGAAUUCGAUUUUAGGACACAUAUCCAAAGAACACUUGUACUACAAAAGGAGAAUAAAAAAAGAAAUAUCACUCAAUUGCACUUUAAAGAUUGGCCUGAUCACGACGUUCCGGAAGACUUUGACGCAAUGAUUAAUUUCUGUCAAAUUAUGCGUCGCAAUAUUAGUGCCAGUAAAGAUUUUAUUGUCGUUCACUGCAGUGCAGGCAUCGGUAGGACAGGAACAUUAAUAGCGAUAGAUAUUCUCUUGCAACAUCUUAGAGAUAAUAGAAAGUUAGACGUCUUCGGAACUGUGUACAGACUGCGACAUCAUAGAAUAAAUAUGGUCCAAAGAGAAAGUCAAUAUGCUUAUAUAUAUAAUUGUAUAAAACAAGUACUCAAAAAUCCCUAUUUCUUAAAAACCUAUAAACCACCACCUGUUGAUCCAGUGUACGAAAAUAUCUCUAAGAUCAAAGAUACAACGAAUUUAGAUGCAAAUCUAAUCAACAAUCUUGAAAUAUUAAAAAAACAUAAUAGCUCCAUAUCUAUGGAGUCUCUGGAAUCAAUCAACAAUCUCUUUCCUUGGUCAACAAAAUACCAAAGAAGAAACAUAAAUAGUGGUUUGAGACAAUACAAAUCAAUGGGUUCUAUAAAUGUAAAAACCCAUCACAUUCCUGUAGGAAAAUCCCGAACUUUGGAUUGUGUCAUUUAUAAAUCACUGAACAAUUCAUCAUAUGAAUUAAGUAGAGAAAGUUUAAAACAGGAGACUUUUCCAUUAUUAAUUUGUUCGAGAUCAGCUCAAGAUGCACUUGACGAUAGUACACAAUAUGCAAUGAACAGUAAGCCUCCUAUCAUUUUGUUGAAAUCUAUAUUAUAUUGCAUGAAUUGUGCAUUAUAUUUCCUUCGCAACAGUGAUUUAUGAAAUCUAUAUUUUUUUACAGACGUGUGAAAGAGAUGAUUGAAUUAUAUAAUUUACAUGUUAAAUUAUAAUCAGAGAAUACAUAGAUAUUUGAUCAGAGUAUAAACUAUAAUUAUAUGUAAAUAAAUAU